ACGGCGUGUAAAAAUCCGGUCAGAGGCUGAGCUGAAAGGAGCUGCAAACCAAAACAUUGCAUUGUUUAUAUAGGUAGGGUGCUGGUAAAGGUCGUGUAAAUUAAAAUGCCGAGCAAAAAGAAGAAAUACAAUGCCAGAUUUCCUCCGGCAAGAAUUAAGAAGAUUAUGCAAACAGAUGAAGAAAUUGGCAAAGUAGCUGCUGCAGUUCCUGUUAUCAUAUCACGAGCGCUUGAGCUCUUCCUGGAGUCUCUUCUGACGAAAGCCUGCCACAUCACGCAGUCACGCAAUGCUAAAACGAUGACAACGUCACAUUUGAAGCAAUGCAUUGAACUGGAGCAGCAGUUUGAUUUCCUGAAGGAUCUGGUGGCAGCAGUACCAGACAUGCAGGGAGAGGGGGAUGAAAAUCAUGCUGAGGGAACGGAGAAGAUCCCACGGAGAGGCCGGAAGCCUGGAUCAGGGCGCAAGAAUGGAGGAGCAGGAGCCAAAGGCAAAGACAAGAAACUGUCUGGUACAGAUACUGAACAAGAGGAUGAUUCUGAAGACAGCGAGACAGAUGGAGAGGAUGAGGAAUUGUCUCAGCCCAACACACACAACCAGGCAGUAUUCCACAGUCCCGACUUGACCCCUCAGUACAUGCCCAUGCCCUUGGGUGUGCCUCAGGCUGCUUUCUCAAUGCCCAUCAGCUCUUUCACACCCCAUCCUUCAGUUCUGGGAGUGAUGCCACCCCCUCCUGCUACGGUGCUGCACAAAGAUGAUCACGCUGAUGAUGAAGACUAUGACUCUUAGCUGUUUCUCUCCCCUCUUAUCUUUUUACAUUUAUUUUCAAAUUGUUCUUAUUUGGCUGCAAAUCGAUGAAAAGUGGAAAAAAAACUUGUGAGUUAAUUCACAGAAGGACGCUAACAAACCUGCAGCCUCAGCACCAGAAGAAGAAUGGGUUGUAUAUUAGCUAUGAGUUUUAAUUUGUUUUAGAAUUCUUAUUUUAUUGUCAAGGAGAAAUGAAAACAGGAGUUUUUGGUUUAGGCUGUUUUUUUAAAACUCAGAAUUUAUUGCUUUCUUGUCUUGACUGGGUCUGCGGUUAGGAAAAUCAUUCCAAGCCUAAAUUUUUUUUAACAUAGGAUGAACAUGUUCUGCACUUUUCUUUAGUUUACCAUUUAUUAUUCCUUCAGUAGCUGAUCACUGACUAAAGAAUUGUUUCUAAUUUCUCCCCCUCUUUUAAGAGCAAAUGCGUACUGUCUGUUGUCAUUUUAGUUUGAAUUUUAUUAAAUGAAAUAAUCUAAAGCAAAGCAACAUCUUUCAUUUAAAGUUUAAUCAGAAUGUACCCAGUUUUUACCCAAUUUUCUUAUUUACACAACAUGAACAUUUUCCCGCCAUGUAAAGUUGUUCAGUUCCUUAAAGUUUUAAUGUUUGUUUUCUUUACCUUAUUUUCUAAAGACGAUAUUCUCCGUAGUUGUAACCUUAAAGAUGUUACAUUAAGCAUUCUUGCUCUUUACAAAGUAAUGCAUAAACUCAGUAGACAGCUCCAACAUCCUGUACCAACUAACUCUACAACCAAAUGCACAUCUAUUUCAGUGGUAUUCUUGAUAUUUUAAAUAGUUUUAAUGUUAUGUGUGAGGGCUGUGAGGAGCUGAACUUCUGGUUCUGGUUUUUGUGCCUGUCUUUCUUCUCCGGUAGUGUAAAAUUUGAUUCCUCAGAGGCUGUAUGUAAAACUUUUAACAUUUUUAACAUUCUUAUUUUUUAUGAGUGAAAUAAAGUGCAGAUUUCAGUA